AGGCCAGCUUCGAGAAUCUACCUAGCUACUGUAUACGUCACCAGCUGUCGGCCGAGGAUUGGCUGACUCUGAUUUAGCAUCCUAACUUCCGGUUCCAGAGCUUGGCUCGCCAAAGACCCUCCCGCGAGGGAGCGAAACCACAGCCCCCAGAAUUCAGCGGGCCUCUCGGAGAGCACGGCGAGUCUGAGGAUGCGUAGUAAAGAUAACGGGCCCAGAAGCCGGAAGUUCAAAGCCGGCCUCCAGCUGGAGUGGUGACCAACAGGAACUGCCGCCUCAGUGGGAGGAGUUGCAGCGUCUGACGCGCGGUUCCCUUUCCAGCGUCUGAAGCCGAAUCCUAGAGGCUAACUCGGCAGGUGGGAGGGAGAAAGUCGCCUUCCGCACCAAUAGCUGAGGCGUUCAGGGUUGUCCAGGGACGCUACCCUCUCGUGUCUGGUUCUGAGUCCUGCGUUCCGGAGUGCUGGAAAGUUGCGCAGACAGUGGCAGCGAGACGCUGCCUGCCUGAGGAGGCCUCGGUUGGACGCGAAGGAGCUGCAGCAUCCAGGGGACAAGAUGCCAACUGCCAAGCAGCUAGCUGACAUUGGCUAUAAGACCUUCUCUUCCUCCAUGAUGCUCCUCACUGUGUAUGGGGGGUACCUCUGCAGUGUCCGAGUCUACCACUAUUUCCAACGGCGCAGAGCCCGGCGCCAGGCCGCAGAAGAACAGAAGACCUCAGAAAACCUGUAGAACUGAGGGGCUUUUUCUCCUGAGCAAAGAGGCCCAAGGCAUGCUGUGGAGAGACCUCACCUGCCACCAUUUCCAAGUCAAGAGGACCAGAGCCUUGAUGGUUUUCAAACUCUGUUGGAAGAAGGUGCCCACGUGGUUUCUCUGGUUCUGCCAGUCUGUGCCAGUUUGACAGUUUGUGGAGGCUAUUGAAUCAUAAUAGGAAUGUGAGGGUGAGGUAUACCUACAGACAUUAAAUAUUUUGCCAUGUC